ACCAGCCAUUUUUAGCCAACCUGGUUGUCCAUUUUAAGAUAAAGCCUCUUCUCAUCCCACGAUCUGGUAUUCAUCUUCUUUUAUGUUGCGGCUAUGAGCCAGGUCGUAACAUGUUACAACUGUCCUGUAUUCUAAGGAAGUCCAGAUGCUUUUCUUUCCAAGCUCCUUAGACUACGAUGAACUUGAUGACUGAGAACCUUUACAGACAACUGUCCUGUUUCUUUAAUCAUUAUGCUGAAAAGGCCUUUGAUCAAACCAUUAAUAUAGACUUACAUCAAAAACAGUCACGUUCUCCUGGAAGUACCAAGAAAACGUGACUGUUCAACAACUAUUAACUUUUUUGGCAUGUGAUGUUUUUUUUCUGGCUUCUGUUUAGUGUUAUUGUGUACAAUGGAAAACUUUGGUUCAUGUGGCCAAUGAUGUCACACCAGCAGUGAAAUCCCACUCUCACUCAGCUAUAAAAGAAAGCAGCUUCAACAACUCUGCAGGAAUCCUGUACAAAGAAGCUUCAGCAGCUCCUCAUCACACUUUGAGACUUAAAGCUCCAACAUGAUCUUGCUCCUCUUCUUGUUCGGUUUGACUCUGGGUGCUCCUUCUGAGUCUCCGUCUGAUGACAAUGUAGUGAAGCUCCAACUUGAUGACCACAGAGUUCAACUACUGCGUGAAAGCUGUCCCAUGUUCUGGUACAGCUUCAAUGGCCGUUGCUACAAAUAUGUGGCCACAAACAUGAGCUGGGCUGAUGCAGAGCUCUACUGUGUGUCACAGCGAGCUAACCUGGUGUCUAUCUACAGCGAGGAGGAAGAGGAGUUUGUUAAAUCAUUAAUUAAGAACUUUGAUCAUGCUGAGCGACACACCUGGAUUGGAUUGAGUGACAUCCAUAAAGAAGGCAGAUGGAUGUGGUCUGAUGGUUGUGCAGUGAGUUUUGUCAACUGGGAUGCUGGCGAGCCAAACAACAGUGGAACAAAUGAACACUGUGUUCACACUAACUUGUCGGACUUAAAGAAGUGGAAUGAUCGCCAAUGUUCUGUCAAUUUAGCUUUUGUUUGUGCAACACGGAUAAACUGCCCUUAGAAACGGAAACAUAUAUUUAACCUGCACUGUUUAUGCUAUCUGUCUUUAUGUGUUUGUGCAAAAGUCACAACAUUUCACCAGCCUUGAUUUUCAUGAAUCUGGAAUCAACAAUUGGCAUCUGUCAAGGGGAUAUUUACUCAUCGCAAUGAAUGUUUUUGGCACAUAAAUAAAUGAUUAAAACGGCUCUGAAUUAAAAGGAAUGAAAAGUU